AUGGCUGCGUCAAAGGCAAAAAAAGGAGACAAGGGUGUCUCGGGGGGAACUCACUCGAAACAAUCCGAGAUAAACGAGCCACAAAGUCCAGACAACAACAACAAUCUCAAAGAGAAUAAAACCAAAUCCAUCAUCCAAACAUCUCUACCCCGACACUACAUCAACCAAAUGCGCGGAGUCGCACUAAAAACCCAACAACGUCUCUCCCAAGAGACAAAGCGAGGUUUCUGCAAGCGAUGUGAUCUACUCUUGAUUCCCGGCGAAACAUGCACGGAAGAAAUCCAGAAUGAGAGUAAAGGUCGUCGCAAGCCCUGGGCGGAUGUAUUGGUGGUUCGUUGCAAGGCUUGUGAGACGGUGAAACGGUUUCCGCAGAAUCGGAAGCGGAGUAUGAAAUUGGCUGUACGGAGGAAGGAGGGUGCUGUUGCAGUGAAGGAGGGAGUGGAAGGAUCAUGA